UGACAAUUUCACGUUCAAUGUUUACAGCGUAUUCUGAGUGUGUAUUCAAUUUUUAAUGGGUAACAAAUUUAGUAGCAAAUUUUCGAAGCAUUUUUGUAGUGCAUCUGAUAAAAGGGGUACUAAAAGGAAACUUGAAAAUGAUACGGACAGUGCACAGAGUUCUGAUAAGGAGGAGGCGAGUUCUCAAGCAGGCGAAAGCCCUGGAACUGGAAGUAAAUUUGAAGUUGGCUUAGCCCCGCUGUCAGAUAUACACACACCAAAAAGAAAACGUCUGAAAUCAACAUCCAAAUACAUUUAUCAAACAUUAUUUCUUGAUGGUGAAAAUAGUGAUAUCAAAAUAUAUGCACUUGGACAAGAAUGGAAUCUGCACAAAAUUUACUUGUCUCAGUCUCCCUACUUUGCCUGUAUGUUUAAUGGUUCCUGGCGAGAGUCUCUGCUUUCCGAGAUUGACUUACAGAUUCCAGACCCAGCUAUUGACAACUUAGCUCUUAAAACAGCCUUUGGCUCCCUGUACAGAGAUUAUGUGUUCAUCAAGCCUGUGGAGGUGAUAGGGGUCCUGGCUGCAGCAUUUCUCCUACAGCUGGAUGGCCUAAAACAGCAGUGUUUGACCUUGAUGAGCAACACAAUCAGUGGUGAUACUGUGUGCAGUUACUAUGAAGCCUGCUGUAGAUAUGAUGUGGAGAACCUAAAGGAAGAGUGCUAUAACUGGCUGCUGACCAAUAUCCUGACCUCAUCUGACCUUGACCUCUUUAAACAGCUAAGUGUUGAUAUGAUGAUGAACCUGAUUGGAGAUCCUAAACUGUUUGUUAUGCAAGUUGAAAUGGAUAUAUACUCAGUUCUCAAACGGUGGAUUUUUCUGAAAGAGAAUACAACUUGGUGUGGUGAUUACAAAUCAAUGUUGUCAAGUAUUGAUGAUUACUUUAAAAGAACAGAAGAACCCGACUGUUUUCUAGAGACAACAACGGGACAGACAUACUUGCCGGCCUUUAGCCACAUAAGAUGGCAGCACAUCGUCAUAGACCUGGACUCUCUACUCAUUCUUGAACAGGAUAGGAUUGUCAAUCUGGAUUGGAUCAAACCGCUUUUCCAUGGAAUGUGGAGGAAAAUGUUGAAAUUGGAACAGUCCAAAGACAAGGGCCCAGAGGAAAUUCCAGAUGAAAAUUAUUUCAAUAAAACCUCCCUACGAUGUGGAAGACUACUCAAGUGUGAGGGAGAGUACUGCUGGCGGUGGGUGGGUUAUAACUAUGGAGUAGAUAUCCUGCUAACGUAUGUCAACAACCUCAUCUUCAUCAAACGCAACACGGUCAGUCAACCGAAUCCUCACUCAGCCAGCCUGGACAAACUCAAAAACCUCGCCUACAGGCUGACAAUUGCUUCGGUUGACAAGGAUGGUAAAGUAACAGAGAGAAAGAGCAGUGAAAUCCAGAAGAUCUCUCUGCAGAAAGAUGAGGAAACGCUGGUCAUGACUGUGAACAAGGCAUUUACUUUCCCGCUAUACCUCAGCAUGAACAUCUUAUUGACCGGUCAGCCCACCUCACAGCCGGACCACAUCGAUAUAUGCUCCGUGGCUCAGUCCAGGAUAUUACGUCAUACUGCGUCACAGACACGCCCAGUGAUCACGUGCAAUGCCGAGUCCCAGACAGAGUGCCCCGCUGAAAAAGCCGCCAAAUCUUUGGUGCAGGACGUGUCUCUAUCCAGCGCUACGGUCAAACGCUGCACCACUGGAACAGUCGUCCGGGAUGCUGCCGCCGGCGACUCCAAGAAAAAGCUCACCGUUGUUCAGACUUCCGGUAGCAAUUCAGCCUCUGUUGAACUUUUGUCGCCUAAUACUUCUACCCAAACUUGCAAAAAUAGCAUUGAUAAAGACCAGAGUGAAGUGCUAAACGGUUCCUCAUCAACCCCUCCGUCUGUCACUUCUUCCAAACGUGUUCUUAAGUACCCGGAUGAUGAGGAAAUCCUCUAGUUAUUACCUAUAGAUCUAUUUUUACAAAAGCCAGGUUUACACGUUCAUGACUAUAUGGUGUUAUAAAGAUUUGUGCAUUUUUUUUUUACACAGACAGUGUUUAAAGGGGGGAAACCAUUUGCCAUUACGUGUACUUUUACUAUGCAGAAAAAAACGCAUUUUUUUGUAAUAAGU